GUGGUGGAGCCAAACAACACUGUUCAUGCUGCCUUCGCGGCUGGUAGCAUGCACCCCGAAAGAACGAUACCAUUGGUCGUUCAUGGCGACGAAGGGCGGGGAAGGAAACGAUUGCCAGUUAUGGUGGUCAACACUCACGGGCUGAUCGGUGCUGGAUGCCGGGCCUUCGAGGAGUUUCACAAGGAUGCACCCAGAAUGCAUCAACAGGCUAUGCCUGUCAAUAUUAAGGGCCACUCAGUGGAUACACGAUUUCUGGCCUUCGUUUUGUCCAAGAAAGCAUAUGGAACCGAUUCCAGAUAUUUGCAGCAAAUGUUCGAUGCAUUGGUCGCUGAUCUAUGUGAGCUUUCAACAAUCGGCAUCAAGGUUAAGUCUAAGUCUGGCGACGAGACGUGGCGCUGUGCCGUGGUUGGAGCCGUGGGGGACCUUCAAUUCUUCACGAAGGUGGCAGGAAACAACGUUCCAGAGAGGUUCGCCUAUCUGGAUGGGCAUGCGCAGGCCUACCUGCAGCGACAAAACAAGAAACUGUACUGUCGGUAUAUCAAUGAGCUGACCGUUGGCUUCGACUCGUAUCAGAAAUGCCCUCAAGGAGCUUGGCAAAAGGCAAGCGAUACAACGCUGCUUCUCGAGAUUUUCGAAGACUUCUGUGAUGUACAUGCUUCAAUGGCCUCCGAGAAUGCCAUUUUGGGUUGGACGUACACUGGAGUGGUCAACCUGAAUGCCUGUGUCCGAUUGCUAUACAGGAGUGGACUGUGGAUGACGCAGCGCCAGGCCCUGGAUGCUUCCGCUACUGGGAUGAAUUUUCUCAAAAGCUAUGGUCAUUUGGUGAUUUCGUGGGAGUACAUGCAAGAGCUUCUCGACGUGCAGGAGAACGGAUCACGCCUGAAUUUCGUCGCUAA